AUGUCCUCCAAAUUUGAUUCGUAUUUGAAACAGUAUCGUGGAGCUCGCGAUGACUUUGAUGUCUUUUGGAGAAAGUUUAUGGUGGCUGCUCAACUUCAACAAUGGACAACAGAGGAAAAGCGAAUGGCACAACUUCCGUUAUUCUUGGAUGGAGAUGCCUUUUUAGUGUGGGAUGAGCUCUCUGAUGAGGAUAAGAAAAAAGAGAACAGUGUGAAACAACGGCUGCGUGAUGCCUUCACGCUGUCGACAGGACAGGCGUAUGGCCAGUUUGUUACGCGCACCCUUGGUCGAUCCGAGAGUGUGGAUGCAUACGCUGCGGAUCUGCGCCGGUUGUUAAUCGCAGCCGGACAUAAAGUCGAAGCGGACGGCAAGUCACCCAUGCUCAUCGAGCAGUUCAUAAGGGGCUUGCCGUCGACAGAAGCCAACCAAUUGACAUCGAAUGGUGACACGUCAUCAAUUGGAGCCUGCGUGGCAUAUGUUCGUCGCCUGCGCACUUCGGUGUCGCACAUGUCGGGUGGUGUGUCAGCCGUAGCAGCGUCUUCGGUGAAGUCGUCAUCCUCAUCCAGCGGGCGAGGACGAUCCAGUUCAGUGCUGUGCUUCGAGUGUCAUGAAGUCGGGCAUAUUUCACGGAACUGCCCGAGUAAAGUUAAGAAACGACGAGAUGGUGCUAGUGGUAACUCAGGUUGGCGUCCGAUCUGUCACUUUUGCGAUGCGGAGGGACACCUCAAGAAAGAUUGUCCCGAGAGAGAAGCGUGGAAGAAGUCCCGCAGUAGUAAGACGUCAGCAUCUGCUGCUGCUCCAGUUUCUGGUGAAUCCGUUCAUCACGUUCUGUGUGUGCCAUCGACAAAUGUUCGUCUGCCUCGCAUGUACGUCGAUGCAAAAUUGCCUGGCGGGGAGGAACAUCGUGCUGUUGCAGUGGUAGACACGGGAUCCUCCCAAACGUUGCUGUCUGCCCAGUUGGCUAAGGCCUUGCACUGCCAGCUGACCCCCUCCAAUGCGCAGAUUUCUGCAGUCGAUGGACGGCCAUUGCCAGUCUUGGGCGCUACCAGAGUCACACUAUCACGACAAGACUCGGCGAAUGUUGUGCUGCCGCAGACAGAGGUGGAGGCGCUCGUUGUGGCAGAUCUCAAGUCAGUGUGUGCAGAUGUACUAAUUGGCUUGACCCUGAUAUCAGCUGUGGGUGAGGUUCGCGUACGCUACGAUGGCGAUGAUCUGGCGUCAGUGGUCUUUACAGCUGCUGAACCUGUCUGUGCUGCCGCAGAAAAGAAGUCAGAGCAUCCACUACCGUAUGUGUCAGUGGAUGAGGAUGAGGUCGGUAACGUCACACUUUCAACGAGUGAUGGCAGCGUACGCUGGAAUAAUGUACUGAGCCGGUGGGAACUGACAUGGCAAUGGAAUGAUGGCGUCGGUCCCGAAGCCAGUGUUGGGUCGGGUAUCGGAGAAUACUCGCGCCAUAAGCUGACGGCGGAGCAAGAGAAGUUGUUUCAAGAUGAAGUUGAUCUGUGGAUCCACAACGGCUGGCUGGUCCCGCACGAUACAUCAGUUCAUGGUCCCCCACAGUGUGUUCUGCCGCUCAUCCCGCAGGUCCAAGAGCACAAACAGUCUACUCCAGUGCGACCGUGCUUGGAUUACCGGUCGCUGAAUCGUCUUGUGAAGUCCGAGCCUGGCAGAGAGGCCCCUAUCUGUGGAGACAAGCUGCGCAAGUGGCGCAAGGCUGGUCCUGCACACGAGUAUGUCCUCAUGGACAUCCGGAAGGCCUACCUGCAAGUUCAUGUAGCAGAGCAGCUUCAGUGCUUCCAGAUUGUGUUGUGGAAGGGCAAACGAUUCGUAAUGCAGCGCAUGGGUUUUGGAUUAUCUGUCGCUCCAAAGAUGAUGGACGCCAUAGUCAAGUGGAUCCUGCGCGAUGUUCCGGGAGCCGACAAUUACGUCGACGAUGUGUUUGUUGCAAAGAAUCACCAGGUGGAAGCCGAGGCAAAGUUGGCAGAGUACGGCCUCGCAACGAAACCUGCUGAACAGCUGCCUGAAGCUCGAGUGCUGGGCUUACAGUUGCAGCAGGAUGCAACCGGCGAAGUGACAUGGGUUCGCCGUGACAUCGAUGUGUCUCUACCAGUGCGUAUCACCAAGCGCAGUCUGUUUAGCUGGUGCGGUCGCGUCAUUGGUCACUACCCGAUCUGUGGGUGGUUACGUACAGCAUGCAGCUUCGUCAAGCGUCUGUCAUCCGAAUGUGGCAGCUGGGACAGCGAAGUGUCUGACGUAGUGUACCAGUGCUGUCGUGAUCUAUCUGCUCGUCUGUGCACCGAGGAUCCAGUGCGUGGCCAGUGGCAUGUUCCAGUCAGUACCGGUAGAGUGCAAGUGUGGUGUGACGCAUCUGACCUGGCGUAUGGUGUUGUCCUGGAAGCAGGCGGUGUAACAGUGGAAGACCGCGCGUGGCUCAGGGCCAAGGACGACAAGCGGCAUAUCAAUGUCGCAGAGCUUGAAGCCGCCAUCCGAGCUCUGGAAUUGGCUGUUGACUGGAACGUCAGUGAAGUGCACCUCCUGACCGACUCUAAGACUGUACACGGGUGGAUUCAAGCUACGUUACGGAACGCGUCCCGUGUCAAAGUGUCGGGUCUGCAAGCCCUUCUGGUGCAACGUCGUUUGGCUAUCCUGUCGGACAUGAUCGCUGUUGCUGGGCUCAAGGUCACCAUCGCGUGGGUGAAAAGUGAGCAGAAUCGUGCCGAUUGCCUGACCCGUGUUCCGCACCGAUGGACAGCUCUCGCCAAGACUGUUCUCAAGUCUGCAGAUGAGCGUCGCCAUGAGGGUACGUGUGGUAUCUCUGUUUCUGUGCCGUUGCCAUCAUUGUCAUCCGUUUUUGUCUCACUGGACAAGAUAGCUGCUGAACAGCAACGUGAUGAAUUGAUUUGUGCCACUAUCUCUGACUUGGUAGCUGGUAAGCCUGUGUCUGUGGCUGCAUUCAAGCGUGUGCAGCAUCAGCUUGUAGUCGUUGAAGGUGUAUUGUACCGCAGUGUAAAGGACCCGAUAGAUGGUGAAGUCGCAGUGCCCGUUUUACCUAUGUCGCUCCGUGAAGAGGUAUUGUCGUCUGCACAUUCUGCUACUGCCCAUGGCAAUUGGGAGGCCAUGUGGCGCAGUAUCCGCCGUCGGUGCUAUUUUCCCAAGCUAGCUGAGAGUUGUCAGCAGUAUGUCCGAGACUGCAGCCCUUGUCGUUGUGCCAGCUCUAUGUCUGCUGGCCCAGUUCCGAAAGUGCGUUCCGACUCGCCCAGCCGACCGUGGGAAGUAGUCCACAUUGAUACCCUUGAGUUGGGUGCGUGUCAUAGUGGCAGGUAUCAUUGUGUGUUGGUCUGUAUUGACUCUUUCACAAAGUGGGCAGAAAUUAUUCCGCUUCAGAGACAUGAUGCGUCCAGUGUUGCUGCCGGCCUGGUGGAGUUGUGUACCCGAUGGGGUCCUCCACGUGUCAUUCGCAGCGACAAUGGGUCAGAGUUUUGUAAUGCCAUGGUCUCUGCAUUGUUUGAUGUCUUCGGUGUGCAUGUUCGUCACGGCGCAGUUCGCCACCCGCAGUCGCAGGGCAGCGCUGAGCGCUUUAACCGUACCCUGCUGAAUAUGAUCCGUAAGACCAUUGACUCGUCGUCUGAUUGGUUGACAGAGCUCCAGGUAUUACUGUAUUACUACCGUACUCGCCCCCAUGCUGCCAUCCAGAUGUCGCCAAUGAUGGCCAUGGUCAACUGGGAGCCAUGUGACCUGAUCGUAGAGCGUCCUGUUGUCGAAGGUUCGCUUAUGUCCUGGUCAGCUGAACUAUCACUGAAGUGCGCUCGGAUUCGUGACUUUGUCAAUGAUACUGUGGCCGAGUCUGAUGCUGUUUUGGCUGAGGAGAGUGAGUGUCCGUUUGUCGUUGGUGCCCCAGUUCUUCUCCGUCGCCCAGAACGUCACCAGAAACGGAUGACUCCAUAUGAACCUGGUUGGUCUGUAGUGCAUAUCGUGUCACCGUCUACUGUUGUCAUCAGCAGCACCAACUCCAGUACCGGCCGGAUUAGUGAGAAAACGGUCAAUGUGGAACUGUUGAAGCCUAAUGCGUUGCAAACAGAGCCAGCCCCAGCAGCACCUGCAGAUGGUGCCGCUGCAGAGAAUGACAGUGACAGUGCCACGUAUGUCCGUGUGUUGCCAGCAGCCGAGCCCUCAGUUAUGCGGGCAUAUGGCUUGCGUGAUAGGGCUGCUAUUGUACCACCAGCACGGUAUAGUCACUAA